AUGCGUGAACGGUAUUUCCCGCAGCAGCAGCAUCCUCAGCCGCUUUCCCCGCGGCAAUUUUCGAUGGGGGCUCCUUCGCAGUCCCAACAGUCAGUCAAUGCAGUCAACGCGUCGGUCAACGCGGUCAAUGCGGCGACAGUAGGGCCUGGAAACGUCGCCUCAGGCUCCCUCGGGAUGCCUUACGAUCAUUUCCGCGAUAUCCAGCGACUAUGGGAGUCGCAGGGGUCGCAUCGUGCUGUCGCGCAAGGAAGCGCUGUCGCAGGAAGCACUCUCGCACAAGAUAGAUCUGUCGCACAACACGAAGGAACAAACAACACCCCCCAAGGCCAAGCUACAGGGUUCUUUGGCGGAUUUUUCUCCGGUGAUGGUCUUAUUUCCCCGUCCGCCGGAAGCAUGGUCGGCGGAAGGAGUGGCGGAAUGGCGAGGGGGGCCAGUUUUGGCGAAGGGAUUGGCGGAAGGCGGGUGGGAUUCGCCGCGCCCGCGCUGCCUGGCGGAGUUAUUGGUCCCCCAGGCCUGGGGGGCGGAAGAAUUACGGGGGUUCCAGCAGCAGGGGAAGGCGGAGCGGAAGGAUAUACCGCGGACACCGCAACCAUAGGCGCGGGGAUGGCGGGGGGAAGGCUGGAAAGCUUGCUGGCGGAGGUUCUACUCGGGGGAGGUUCUUUCCAGGCUCUGGCCGGGGGAGGUGCUUUCCAGAGGUCUGCAGCUCCCCAGGUGUUACCUGCAGGAAGGGAGGUGGGAACUGGUGCAGGUGGUAACCUGGCGUUACUAGAGCUGAUGAGAAUGUCAGGGUUCGCCGGCAGCCUCCCUCCCAACCGUACUGCACCGAGCAGCACCGGGAGCGGAUACCACACAGCUUCUAACCUACCUAUGAACUCUGACCUGAUUUACUCUGGUGCAAUGAAUCAGCCGCUGCCGUCUUUUUACGGGCAGCCUGGGCAGAUGGCAACGAAUACUGAGUCGAUGAACCAGGAUCGCGGGCAGCAGGUGAUGAGAACCUGGGAGAGGGCUGGGAGGUCGGGUUUGGAGGGAGCGACGGAGGGUGAGCGGUUGGGGGUAACGGCAGGUGAGCGGUUGGGGGUAACGGCAGGUGAGCGGUUGGGGGUAACGGCAGGUGAGCGGUUGGGGGUAACGGCUGGAGAGGGGCUGGGGGUGCUGGCUGGCUGUCACGAUUUGACUGCCGUUCUGGCUGCUGCUGCUGCCGCCGCCGCUGCUAGCAGCGCGCACGGCGGCGCUAGCAGCCCAUACGGCGGCGUUAGCAGCGCACAUGGCGGCUUCCCCAGGUCUGGGCUAGGAGGCGGAAGCACAGGGGGAGAGUACGGGGGUAUGGUGGGCGGGGGAUGUGUGAGCGGAGGGGGCGGUGGGGGAGGAGGCGUGGGGAUGGCGGAAGGGGAGAGCGAUGGGGAGGGGUCGGGGGAGGAGGAGGAGGGCGGAGAUGGCGCUCCCCGCGCCAGCACCAACGCCAAAGGCCAGUGGACCCCGACCCGCUUCUCUUCUCUCCCCUCUCCCCGCCCGUCUCCCCUCUCCCCGCCCGUCUCCCCUCUCCCCGCCCGUCUCCCCUCUCCCCGCCCGUCUCCCCUCUCCCCGCCCGUCUCCCCUCUCCCCGCGCAUCUCCCCUCUCCCCGCCCGUCUCCCCUCUCCCCGCCCGUCUCCCCUCUCCCCGCCCGCCCCCCCUCUUACCCCAAACAGGAGGAAGACGAGAUUCUGAGGCGGCUGGUGGAGAGGGGAGGGGCGCGGCGGUGGUCCGCCAUAGCAGCGCACCUCAAGGGGCGCGCGGGGAAGCAGUGCCGUGAGCGGUGGCAUAAUCACCUCAAGCUGGGGAUCAAGAAGGACGCGUGGACGGAGGAGGAGGAGCGGACGAUGAUAGAGGCGCACAAGCGCGUGGGGAACAAGUGGGCGGAGAUUGCGAAGCUGCUGCCUGGGCGGACGGAUAAUAAUGUGAAGAAUCACUGGAAUUCUACUGUGAGGCGGAAGGAGGACGUGGGGCGGACCGGGGGGAAGGAUGGGGGCGGGGGGAAAGGGGGGAAGGGCGCGGGGGGGAAGGAUGGGGGUCGGGGGAAGGAGGCGGCAGGGAAGGGGGAAGAGGGAGGGGAGGAGAAGGGUGGAGAGGGCGAGGAAGGAGAGGAGGGAAGGGGAGAUGUGGAAAAGGAAGGAGGGGAAGAGAAGCAAGGUGGGAGAGAGGGAGGAGGUAGGGGAGAGGAAGGGGAGGAGGGAGAGAAGGGGGAGAAGGGAGAGGAGCGAGAGAAGGGAGAGGAGGGAGAGAAGGGAGAGAAGGAGAGAGUAAGGGGAGGGGAUGAUGAGCGCGAGAUAGACGAAGGCAUGCAAGAAGGGAGGGAAGGGAGGGCAGAUGGUGAGGACGAGGAUGGGGAUGGGGAUAGGUGUGGGGAUGGGGAUGGGAAUGGGGAUAGAUGUGGGGAUGGGGAUGGGGGUGGGAUUGCGGAUGCAGGGAACAGGGAGGAAGAAGGGGACGGAUCCGAUUUGAGAGUGGAGGAAGAUGAUGCUUUGAGGGCUGGCCACUCGGGUUUAAAGAAAGAGGACACACAGGCAGGUGAGGAGAGAGGGGAAGAGAAACGGGUAGGGGAGGAGGGGGCACAGGUAGGCGAGACGAGCAGAGAAGUGCAGCGAGCAGGAAAGGAGGAGAAUGAAGAGAUGGGAGAGGGGGAGAAGGCGAGGAAUGAAGGGAUGGAGUCAGGAGGGGGGCUGGAGGACGGAGGGAAGAAGGUGGUUGCAGCAACAGCACAGGCGGGCAACAACGGCAGAGAGGCAAGCAGUGAAGCUGCGAAAGGGGCAUCUUACAGGAAGGGAGAGACGAGGCAGUCCCAUGUAAACGCAGAGGAACAGCGGGGCCAAGUAAUGGGAGAGGAGCAGAUGCGUCUGGCAGAAGGGGAGGGGCCUGACAUGGGCAGGCAGAGACGGGCAGGGGAGGUGGAAGAGAAGGAGAAGGAGAAGGAGGUUUCUGAGUCCGCCCAACAAGCAAGGGCAAGGAAGGGGGAGGAGGAGCGGAAGGAGGAGGAGCGGAAGGAGGAGGAGCGGAAGGGAGAGGAGGGGAAGGGAGAGGAGGGGAAAGAGAGGAAGGAGAGGCUGGAGAGGAGGAGGACGGGAGGAAGAGGAAGGUCGGAGGGUGGGGCGGCAAGGGCAGCAGAGGAUACGGGUGAUGCAGUCUCUAUGGACAUUGACGUGAGUGAAGGGCGGGUGGGGGAAGGUGGGGACAAGGGGUGGGCUUGA